CCGUAUGAACUUUUCGUUUCAGGGAAGGGAGGGAUCUUGGUUAGCGGAUCGGGCCGAUUCAACCAGAUGGAAGGAAAGGAUACCUCUGAGGACUCCACCUUCCAACUGCUCGGUAUGCUCCGCACCUUUUGAAGCACGUAAACGCGCAUCAUGUUGGAAGGACUCAGUUGGAUGCUACCAACCAGGGAUUUGUAGGAAGAAGGCGAUUUUAACCACGAAUCGGCCUGAUGCAGCACCCCUCCAGCCAUCAUACAUAGUAGACACGCCACCUCCACCACCACCACCACCACCAUCAGCACUAGCACAAUCCACGACUCCAAUAAGGACGAGGGUGGGCCUACGUACGUGGAUCGCCCAUACUUCCACAUUAGAAGACAAGCAAAUACAUGCUCCGUGUGACAUUGCAAAGUCGAGCUCCUUCCUAAGAAGUUUGCCAAGUAGGAAUUCAUCCAGACUAUCCUGUAUCAAUGGAUGCCACUCUGUGAAUUUGUUUCCGUACUAUGAACAACUUCUUAUCCUCGCCAUUUCUCGUCGUCGUCACCGUCGUCGUCGUUUUCUUGAAUAAUUUGGAUGGAGCCUUGACUCAGGCCUAUGGCCCGGAGGCUGCCCCCGGGGGCGACUCCGGGUGUGCACUUAUUAUUCCAGGAUCUGCCACCAAGUCGUCGCUCUACGAUCAAGGCAGUGCUGCUUUUGGCGGACCCUCGUACGGCUACGGAGGGGAUGAAAACACUUGCAUUACCUACGAUGCCGUCAAUGCCGCUUUCAACGCAGCUCGAGAGCGGGUCGGAUUACCCCCAGCCAAGGGAAAGUUCGAGGCCGCUGACAUCGGGAAUCUGGGUACAGUAGUGCACGAAACCAGUCGAUUUUUGGCCAAGCAAUAUGGGCUCUCUCACGAUGCCGUGGCUAAUGGUCUCCCCCUGAUUGACACCACCAAAACAGUCAUCAACCGAUACUGUCCUCCUUUUUUGAUGACUCCUAAAUGCAAAGUGGAGCGCUACCGAUCCGUAACGGGUCUCUGCAAUAACCUGGAUCAUCCACAUUGGGGAGCAGCGGAGAAUGGCCACCAUCGAUUCUUGGCUCCGGAUUUCGCCGAUGGGAUCAGCGCCCCGCGAGUCUCGGUCACGGGUCGACCCUUGCCCUCCGCCCGUCUCGUCUCGGCCUCGACCCACGGCGACGACGGAUUUCACGAUCACGCAGUCACCAUUCUUCUGGUGGCCUGGGGACAAUUCAUGGAUCAUGACGCCACCUUGACUGGUGAAACGAAAGACCCCCGCACCGGAAAGACGCCCAAAUGUUGCGAUGGCGCCACUCAUCCCAAUUGUCUGCCUAUUGAAAUCCCUGCCAACGACAAGUUCUACUCGAAGCACAACCAGAGGUGCAUGAAUUUUGUUCGGUCCAUUUCCGCACUCCGUUACAACUGCAGGCUGGGCCCCCGGGACAGUUUGAACGAAGUAUCGGGUUUGAUGGAUGGUAACACCGUGUAUUCCAAUUCUGAGGAAACGAUGGAGGCCCUCCGGUCAUUCAAAGGUGGCCUACUCAAAAUGUUACCUGUCUUCGAAGAGUUCAACAUGAAAGAGCUUUUGCCUUUGAAAUUGGAAGAGCCUGACGAAGGCUGCAUUCGACCCAGCGAAGAUGUGUACUGUUUCUUGGCUGGGGAUGGCCGAGUGAACGAACAAACUGUUUUGGCCAUGGUCCACACCCUCCUGGUUCGGGAACAUAAUCGCAUUGCAACAGAAUUAGCUCAGGUUAACCCCCAUUGGAAUGACGAGACCUUGUUCCACGAAACACGACAUAUCGUGGUCGCCAUCUUGCAACAUAUCACAUAUAACGAGUUUCUGCCUAUGGUUCUGGGCAAGGAUGUGAUGAAUCGUCACGAUUUGGUGCUCGUUAAAGACGGGUAUUCCGACACGUAUGAUCCAUAUACCAACCCGUCGGCCUCCAACGCGUUCUCAACUGCUGCUUUCCGAUUUGGACACACCCUCCUCCCCUCCACCAUUGAACGAUGGAGUAAAAGCCAUCGAUAUGUAGGAUCGCAGAGAUUGAGCGAGAUGUUGCAACAACCUUACGAUUUGUACAAAGGUGGGUGGGCCGAUACUUACGUUCUGGGUCUGAUCAACCAAGUGGCUCAAGCCUAUGAUGACUCGGUAACACAAGAGGUCACCAAUCAUUUGUUCCAAGAGCCGGGCAAGAAAUUCGGCAUGGAUUUAGCUGCUCUCAACAUCCAACGUGGGCGAGAGCAUGGCAUUCCCGGCUACAACAAGUGGAGAGAGUUCUGUGGAUUUCCAGUUAUUCAUUCAUUCGAAGAGCUUCACGGGCUUAUGGCCAAUAAAACCGUGGCAGCUUACUCGCGCGUCUACGAGUCUCCCGAUGACAUCGACUUGUGGUCUGCCGGUAUUUCAGAGAAGCCGUUACCGGGAUCGAUGGUGGGACCAACGUUUGCCUGCAUUAUCGGCAAACAAUUCCACAAUAUGCGUCAUGGAGACAGAUUUUGGUACGAGAAUGGUGGUUGGCCCAGUAGCUUUACAUUGGAGCAAGUCAACGAGAUCAGGAAGGUGAAACUCUCCAGGAUCUUGUGCGACAACAGUGAUGACAUUGAUAAUCUGCAAGUCUAUUCCAUGGUUCUGCCCGAUCAUGAGAUCAAUCCUCGAGUCUCUUGUCGAAGUGGAGUCUUGCCCAAAAUAGAUCUAUCAAAAUGGCGAGACGCCUCUUACCACUCAGGACCGCCAUCAGAGUUCCAGCCCUUCUAAGGGGCUGUCAGAGUUAAGUUCUUACUAAAUUUUCAACGCACUAGUCACUGUUGGCAUUUACGAUAUUCAAUUUAACUCGUUCGUUCCCCCCAAAAAAAAUGUUUGCAAAUAAAUAUUUGGCGGUCAAUCA